CGUGGUACAUUACAGCUUUAAUCACACACCGUGGUGUUUAUCAGGUGUUUUUAUUUAAAUAAGCGCUCGCACUGAGUGACGCCGGUGCUUUGAUGUCGUUGCGAUGAAUGCGCGCCACCGCCACGCGCACUCCUCCACACGUACAGGCUGUGCGCGUGAGUCACGCCGAGCAGAGAAUACCGUGGCCUGCAUGCGUUAAAACAGAACCGGAGGAGACACCGGCCGCGGAGACGCCUGUACAGAUAUGGUGACGCAGUAAAAGAAAAAAAAAAAGACAAUGCAAGUCCAGUCAAAGAUGGACUGACACCAGCUCUGGGAUAUUUCGGUUCUCCCCAGUCAGUGAUACAACCCUAUCUGGUGUAAUACGCAGUCACACACCGAGCCUCCGUCGAAACGCAGCCUGGAGUGACAUCAUUUUUUUCCUGCUAUGUGUUUGGCUGGGUUUAGGACAAUGGAUCUUGUUUGGGUUGUGCUUUCCAUGCUAACAACAUGCACAGCUAUCAACAUGCGGUCAGCAGGCAGCCACAGCACGUUCACAUGUGAGCCCAUCAUGCUGCGGAUGUGCCAGGGGCUCCCCUACAACACCACGUUCAUGCCCAACCUGCUUAACCACUACGAUCAGCAGACUGCAGCGCUCGCCAUGGAGCCCUUCCACCCCAUGGUGAACCUAGAGUGCUCGGCUGACAUGCGUCCAUUCCUUUGUGCGCUCUACGCACCUGUGUGUACGGAGUAUGGCCGUGUAACCCUGCCGUGUCGCCAUCUGUGCCAGCGGGCCAAGAGAGAAUGCUACAAGCUCAUGGACAUCUUUGGAUUAAGCUGGCCUGAAGAGAUGGCCUGUAACCGGUUUCCUGAAUGUGACGAGCCGUACCCACGGGCUGAGGACCUCCUUUCAAAUACCGACUCCACUGAGGAAUCUCCUGGAUCAGUACAACGUGACUACGGCUUCUGGUGCCCGCGUGAGCUGAAGGUCGACCCCGAGCUGGGCUACAGAUUCUUAGGUGUUCCUGACUGCUCGCCCCCAUGCCCAAAUAUGUACUUCAGUAGGGACGAGCUUGUCUUUGCUCGCUACUUCAUCGCUGUGGUGUCCACCAUUUGUUUGUCGGCCACGCUUUUCACUUUUCUAACCUUUCUCAUUGACAUGGGUCGUUUUCGGUACCCAGAGCGGCCCAUCGUGUUCUACUCCGUUUGCUACAUGAUGGUAUCGUUGGUCUUCUUCCUGGGCUUCCUAUUGGAGGAGCGUGUGGCCUGCAAUAAGGCUUCCCCAGGACAUUUCCGUGCUGCUACUGUCACACAGGGCUCACAUAACAAGGCAUGUACACUGCUCUUUAUGACGUUGUACUUCUUUACUAUGGCGGGCAGUGUGUGGUGGGUUGUGCUGACUGUCACAUGGUUCCUAGCUGCUGUACCAAAGUGGGGCAGUGAAGCGAUUGAAAAGAAAGCGCUGCUCUUUCAUGCAGUAGCCUGGGGACUGCCUGGCACGCUGACCGUCACGCUCAUGGCACUGAACAGGGUGGAAGGUGAUGGCGUGAGUGGUGUUUGCUUCGUGGGUCUUUACGAUCUCACCGCUUUGCGCUGGUUUCUCCUGGCUCCACUAGCUCUGGCAGUGACUGCUGGAGUCGUGCUUCUACUGGCCGGCAUCGUAGCACUGAAUCGUGUCCGCAUGGAGAUCCCACUGGACAAGGAGAACCAAGACAAGCUGGUAAAGUUCAUGAUCCGCAUAGGUGUGUUCUCUGUGCUGUACCUGGUGCCGCUGCUGACAGUGAUUGGCUGCUUCAUGUAUGAGCAUAGCUAUAGACCAGUGUGGGAGAUAACCUGGGUGCAGGAGCAGUGCAGGAACUACCACAUCCCCUGCCCAUUCAAGAUGGAGCAGAUGAGCAGACCAAAUGUUGCCCUCUUCCUCAUGAAGUACUUGAUGAUGCUGGUGGUGGGCAUCCCCUCUGUCUUUUGGGUGGGCAGUAAGAAGACUUGCUUCGAGUGGGCCAGCUUCUUUCAUGGCCAUCACCGAAAAGACAGUGUGGUGCAUGACAGUAGACAGGUGCUUCAGGAGCCUGACUUUACGCAGCUGCUGCUGCGUGAGCCCGGGGUUCCGGUGGUACGCCAGUCCCGUGGCACCUCCACCCAAGGCACCUCCACCCAUGCCUCCUCUACCCAUCUGGCCAUGCUCGAUGAGGCCCACAGCGAUAGCAGCCGUCCAAGCAGCAUGCACAGCAAAGCCAGCGGUUUCCACAGCAGCCGCUGCCAAUCACAUGAUGACAGGUACGCAGCCUAUAGUCUCCGUUCUUCAGAGGAGCCUCGUUUCCCACAUGUCACUGCAGCCUGCCUCCACGAACAGCUUCAGCAAAGCAGCAGCAUGGUCCGAUCGGAAAGCCAAUCACGACACGGCGGAUCACAGCACUUAGACAGCCAGUCACGGCACACCAGCACCCGCGACCUCAGCAGCGCUCAGACCGAAUCCCGCCCUGUUAACGGCAUCCACUCUGUUAAAGAGGAAGUGGGAGCCGUUCCUUGAAAUGUACUAAUAACUGAAGGACAUGAUGAAGAGGUUUUUGCUGCACAUGGAUGUGAGACUCCAUCAAACAGAACAGAAGCUCCGAUACAAAGUGCAGAAAGUUUAGGACAGAACUCAGCAGGGUAAACACCAAGGGCUUUUCCUAUAUGAUCUUUUUAAUACUGUGUCGAAGCACUAGCUGCUUUAUUUUCAAGCUUAGACUUUUGUGUACAUUUGUGUGUUUUCUAAAAAUCUUUUAUAGAGAAAAACAGGGUCAUGUUCUUCCACUGUUCCUCUACUGCACUUCCUGUAGACUUUCUUUAAUUAGACAUUGGCAUGUUCACGACGUCUUCCUCCUCUUUUACACGAUUUCUCACACAACCAAGUCCUAC